AUGUGGAUCAGACUUACGAUUACAUUGUCCUUGUGUACUUUGUCGUUUGCAGCAGAGUACUAUGAGACACCACCAGGCGGUUACCGUCCCUUUGGUCCAGGCUACACAAUAGGCGCCUAUCCUCAAGAUUUCACUCUUGUUGGGCCGUCCUUGGAAGCGGUUCACGAUUCCCAAACACCUCCGACUGGAUUAGCCAUCGACUCUGCUCACAAGAUAUAUCUAACGUAUACUCGCAACAGUGUACAAGCUCCCAUCAACGUAGUGCUUUGCACUUCUUUCAACGAUGAAACGCCCUGGCCAAACGCAAGCAUGCAAAACUGUACCGCUGGCGCAGAUCCAAGCACUUGCUUCGUCAACGUACAGAACAUCAUCCGAGACGACCGAGGGCGGCUCUGGGUCGUUGAUAACGGUAUCCCAUAUGGCUGGCCCUCCGAUACCAACGCCAUCUUCGGUGGAGCGAAGAUCAUGAGCUUCAAUGAAUCAACUAGCGAGCACAUCCGGACUUAUGUCAUACCUCAAGAUGCGUUGACUUACCGGAUGAAUAUGAAUGAUUUGCGUAUCAACACAACUCUUGGUGGAAGAGAAGGAUAUGCGUUCAUCCCUGAUUGCAGCAAGAACAGCUCUCUACUGACAAUCGAUCUUGAGAAUGGCAGCGUUGUACGCAGACUAUUGAACACAAGCGUCGUCCGCGCAGAUGAAAAGUAUGUCGGUUCAUACGACGGCGAACUCAUCUAUAGUUGGAAGGGAACAAAGAAAGGCUAUGCCACGACCGGUGCAGAUGGUGUUGCACUAGCAUCGGGCAACUUCUAUUGGGGCGUCCAAGCCUCCCGGCGCUUCUAUUACAUAUCCCAAGAUAUACUCAUUGACCCAAAAAAGACAGAAGAGGACGUUCUUGCAGCAGUGCAGGAUCCGGGCCAAUGCGCAUCAGAGCAAGCUGGCUUUACGUCUGAUGACCGCGGCCGAGUAUACAUUGCGGCAAGCGAGCAUAACGCCAUAUACUACGUCGACACGCGCGAAUCCGAAUCCAACACGACCGUUAACGAGCAUUUACCUGGUGGCUCUGGUCUUAUUCCAACUGAAGACUAUAUGGUAAAGACGUUGGUGAGGAGUGCAUUGGUUCAGCACGCCGAUUCAUUGGCCAUUUUGGAUGGAUGGCUGUAUUUCACCACGAAUCAGCUAGCACUAGGACCAGCCUAUCAGUACAACAACACCGACAAAAGGAAGGGGCCCUUCCGUAGCUAUCGAGAUUCGAGUAAGAUUAUCAUUAUGCUAGAGCCGCGCCUCAUCAGAGCCGUGCUACCAUAG